AUGGAUCCUUCAAUGGGAAUUAAUUUUGUGGCGACCUCCCACCAUGAUACAUACCCGGCAAUAGAUCCUUCACAAGCCGACUUGAGCGGCAAGAUUGUCCUGAUCACCGGCGCCAGCAAAGGUAUUGGCAGGGCGACAGCGUUAUCAUUCGCCAAGGCUGGUGCAUCUGGCAUCGUCCUUCUCGCACGUUCUGAUCUGUCCUCUCUCGAAAAGGAAUUGCUCGAGAAAGCAAAGGCGGCCGGCCGUACACCGCCCAAGGUUCUAUGCCUGACCGUCGAUGCCACAGACCGAGCACAGGUCGAGAAAGCCGCCAAGGAAGUGGAGUCCAGAUUCGGCAGCAUCGACAUCUUGAUCAACAACGCCGGCUACCUGGAGAAAUCUCAGCUCAUGGGCGACAGUGACCCGGACGAAUGGUGGUACGUGUACGAGAUCAACGUCAAGGCGGUCUACCUCAUGACACGAUCAUUCCUGCCGUUGGUCCUGAAGAGCAAGGACAAGACCAUCAUCGUGACGUCGAGCAUCGGGGCGCUCGGCACCAGACCAGGCCUGUCGGCAUACCAGAGCACGAAGACGACCGUUCUGCGACUGAACGAUUUUCUCAUGGCCGAGUAUGGGAACCAGGGCCUUUUGGCGUAUGGCAUUCACCCCGGCGGAGUCAUGACGGAGCUGGCGCAGAACAUGCCAAAAGAGACGCAUGGCUUCUUGAACGACAAGCCCGAACUCGCUGGAGACUCAUUUGUGUGGCUCACCAAAGAGCGAAGAGAAUGGCUUGCCGAUCGAUAUAUCAGCGUGAACUGGGAUGUGAACGAAUUGUUGGCCAAGAAGGACGAGAUCAUGGAUAAGGACCUGCUCAAGAUCAGGUUGCGUGUAGAAUAGGG